AUGUGGUGCAAGUUAAGUCGGGAAAACUUCUUUGAUGAGUUCCAGAUGGCAGGAGUAGCCGCAGAGCACAAUGAAAUAUAUUUAGAGCUGACACCGGAAAACCUAUCAAAAGCUUUAAAAACAGCCCAGAAUGCCAAGACAGUGAAAAUCAAGUUGACUAACAAGCACUGCCCCUGCCUUACAGUAGCUGUGGAACUGGCAAGUAUUUACCUACCAGUGCUGAAUACCAUGAAGAGUGUUGUAGAGAGAAUGAAAAGCCUCGGCACUUCCAUUGUGAUUGAAGCAAAUCUAAGUAGAGAAAUGAACUUAAAAAUAGAAACUGAUUUAGUGUCUGUUACAACUCAUUUUAAAGAUCUAGGAAAUCCUUCGUGGGUAUCAGAGGGCGACUCUCAAAAUUCUACUCAGGACCAAGAUCCAGAAAUCAUGGCUAAAACACGUGUAGACAUCAGGAAGCUCCAGCAGCUACUUGCUGGACAGCAAGUAAAUCCCACAAAAGCUUUGUGCAAUAUUGUAAGCAAAAGGAUUGUCCAUUUCAUUUUGCUUCAUGAGGACGUUUCUCUUCAGUAUUUCAUUCCAGCACUUGUGUGAAAACUCAGUCUCAG